UGUUCCUGGCUCAAUUGGGAUUGAAGCCGUCUGCACCUACCUGCUCGUGACAUCUCUCUUGACGCCUGCUUACCUUCCAAGGCACUCGAUCUGCAUCAAUCUGUACCAAAAUGGAAGCUCAUGCGAUGGGCUCUCAUGGGAUUGUUGGAAGCUCAGAUGGCACAGAAGAGAGGGAAAACAGCUCAAUUAACAUGUUCUCUGAAGGUGUCAACCUCAAUUUGAUACAACCAAGUUUAGAGGAAGAUGUUAGUACAGAAAUUUUGCUUGCUAAUAAAAAACUGAGGUCAACUGUUUGGAAAGAAUUUGAGUUGACUAUGCUAGAUGAUGGCACUUAUAAAGCAAUAUGCAAGCAUUGUAAAAAAGAUUUUGUGGCUGGUAAUAGAGCUGGAACAAGUCAUUUGAAGUACCACAUUGGAGUAUGUUCUAAGCUUCAGUCAAAGAGAAGAAAAUUUGGUAGUCCAAAGUUAGAUAUUCCUAUCUUUGAUCAGCAACGCAGCCGCGAUGAUUUUUCUAGAAUGGUUCUUGCUCAUGGUUACUCUUUCAACAUGUCUGAACACUACUAUACUAGAAUAUUCCUCUACAAUCUGCAACCUUCAUUCAAACUGGUACAUAGAACUACUCUAAAGGAUGACUGUAUGAGGAUUUAUGAGGAGGAGAAGUUGAAAGUGUACCAACUCUUUGAGAAACAAUCAUGUCGCUUCAGUUUAACAUCUGACAUGUGGACUCACACUGAAAUGAGUGGCUAUAUGAGUCUAACAGCACACCAUUGAUGAUGAGUGGAAUUU